GGACGAUAUUCGACAUAAAAUUGAUUUUAGCCUCGUAGUUUCAGACGGUAGAUUCGUAGGGUUUCUUGUAAAUAAAUAUAAAAAUUUUAAGCAGAUUUUAAUCAGGUUGGUCGAGAAGACCCGCGAAAUCAUAUCAGUGUUCCAGUCGAUAAGGUUCCUAUGUACGAUUUUUAUAAAUAGAUCGAGUAUUUCGAUUAACAGUCAGCAGCAAUGGAGGCCAACCCCCAGAUUCCUUUGCCAUUAGAACCAAUUAAAUCAAACGCUAUUGAAGAUCGUAGAUUGUGGGUGGGCAAUUUGGAUUUACGAAUUAAUGAGUACCAACUCCUCAAAAUCGUACAAAAAUAUGGAACGAUAGAAAAGUUUGACCUACUGUUCCACCGGUCAGGCCCUCAGGCCGGACAACCCAGAGGUUAUGCUUUUGUAACGUAUAGAGAUGCUCGUGACGCAGAAAGAGCUAAAGAUGUUUUGCACAAUGUCAGACUAGGAACCAAAAAUAUUGUGGUGAGAUGGGCACACAGCGUUAGUGAGGGUGAAUUAGACAAACCUAAAGCAAAGCUGGAGAUACCAGCUUUAGCUGGUGCAAAAAAGGAAGACAAAAAAAUUAGCCGCCAAACUGCAAUACAAGCGAUAGAAGCAAAGCUUAAAAUGAUGAAUGAAUCGGAAGAAGAGUUUGAGUUGAACAAACCAUUGGAUGACGCACCUCCAUUAAUAUAUCAGUACCAAAGGCCAGAAACUCAAAUACCGUCCUCGUCUGCUCGCCACAAUCACCUAAGAAAUAAUCGCCAUUAUCACAGCAGCAGACCUUACAAUCGCUCCAGGCCGAGGAGAUAAUACCGCCCAUUGUUGAAUCUUCACCUCGCAUUUUCAUUUUCUUCUACCUGUUCCUCAUUUUAAUAUAAUCUAUCUGAGAAUCUCUUGACAAAAAGCUUAUGUAUUCUUGCUUUCAUAGUCAGAGCUUGAAUAGGAAAUUUUUGCAAAAGUUACUGUCUCCAUUAACCCCUAACUGGCUCUCUUCUAUUCGUAUGAUAAUGGUAGAAUUUCCACCUACUUCUACCUAAGAAUAAAUACGAAAAAAUCUUAUUUAUUUCUCUAAUGUACCUAUAAGUACAGCGAGUUGCGCGUAUUUUGGUAAUUCAUUGUACUAACGUUUGUAAUAAAAUAAAGACUCGUGCCUCGGCAUUCCAACAAA